AUUUGAAUAGCUAAAGUAGGAACUAAGGGAAAUUAAUGUACAUUCCUAAUGAAAACUCUUUUUUCCGGUUCCUUUUCUACUUUUGAUUCGCCUAAAUCUUUAGGGGACUGAAAAAGCCGUUCGCUGUGUAGAAUAAAUCUUAUGGCGACUCACAGAUAUUAUCUACAGCUCAGCCAUAAAAGUAGAAGGCAAUUUUUCAAUUUAAAAUUGAUUUGAUUUUCUUACUCAGUAAGUAUUGUGAGUUUGUGUCUUAUAAGACGUUAAAAAAUUGUUUUUCUCGAAAAUUCCCGAAAAUUUUAACUUUAAUUUUCAUAAAAAUGAAUUUCAAGAAGAUUUUACUAUUUUUUACAUUAUUGACAGUUGCGAAAUGUGAAAAUCUUUGUGAUUGUGGAAAAUUUAUAGACAUAAGAGUUACACAAAAUGAUAAUAAACAUCAAAUUGACUUCAAGUCAUUUGAAGAAUUUCUCAAAAAUCCGCUAAUUGAAGGUCGGAGGCUUUAUGUCGUUGGAAAUUAUGGAGAAACUGACGUCCUUAGUGGUGUCAUAUUAAAUGAAUUGUAUGAAAAUUACAAACCAAUCAACUCCCCCGACUGUCUCGUCCACAAAUCAAAAUUCACAUCUCUCAUUGACUCCAAAUGCUCAUCAAUGUCAAACAACACAGCAUCAAUUCAAUUAUGGAAUGAUAUUUUCCUCUAUGAAUCACAAAGUAAUCAUAAAGUUGCUAUAAUUUUUGUAAAUGUAAAGGCUCAACCUGAUCAGUCGCAAUAUGAAAGUAGAAUUUUUUCAGCGCUUUCUGGAUUGAUGUCGACGAUUUAUUUUGUGCUGGGUGAAGAGAGCUUUUAUAAUGAAUAUUAUGGGAAGGAGGCCCAAGAGUGCGACUUUCACUUCCACAUUAACGAACUUGAUCAAAGGAAUGAAAUUGACGAGUCAAUCCUCGAAAUUCACAGCAUUUUGUCACAUCAGAACAUUGAAAUGCACGAGGACUUACAUUUUGCUAAGGAAAAUCUGAAAAUUUCAAACUUUAUUGACAUUUUUAAAUUCGGUGCUGAUAAAAUCGCUGAAAUUGAAGCUGAAAAAGAAAGAAAAUUGGGAGAAUUUGUCAUCAAUUUGAAGAAUUUUGUUGAAGGUUCCAACAUUUUUGAAGAGAUUUCGAGAAUUUUUGAUGAAAUUUUGACAAAAAAUGACAGCGAAAAGAAACAAAAAGUUCAACAAUUUACAAGAAGUCUCAAGGAACAAGCAGUUGCUAUCUACAUGAAUCUUACAAGCCCACAACUCUCAACUUCAGACAUAACAACUCCAAAACUUCAAAGGAAAUUAAGAAUUUUCACCAAAAAACUGCGGCAAAUUGAAAGAAUUGUGACUGCAAAAAUUCAAACUUUCAUAACUGAAGUUGCUGAAGAAUUUAAAGACAUAUUUGAUAAAAAGUUAAAAAAUGCAAAUGACAAGACGAUUUUAAGCACCAAGGACACUCAGAUCUUAACAUUUGGAAGUGUUAAAUUCGGUGAAGAUGUUGAAAAGUUCGAGGCUCCAAAAAUAACUCCAAUUGAAAGCCAAGAACGAGUAUCUUUAAAGAAUUUAAUCAAAUUAGAAGCUACAAGUUUAAUUGAUAAAAAUCAAGAAGAUAAUACAGCCUCAAUUGCAAUAAAACUGCAGGAAAAAUUCAUAAAAAUCAUCGAUACUAAAGCUGUAAAGCUGUUCAAUAGCUCAGAAUUAAUUGAAGAAAAAAUCAGAACAAAAUCUACAAGAAAUUACAUUAAAACAUUACAAAAGCUUUUUGAGACUUCAAACAUUGAAAUUCGGAAGAGCAACGCAUUCAAGAAGUUGAUGAAGCAACGAAAGAUAUCAAUUCCACUUCCAUGCGACAUUAAGUGCUGAAAUAUUAGAACUAAUGAUGCAACACACUUUUACUUUGUAUCAUUUAUUCUCAAAAUGUAUAAAUAAAAUUAAUCUGAGGCUAGUGUGCCUCGGCUAGUUCUAGAAGAAUAGAGAUUUCAAUUAUUUUGGGUUUUAAGUAUUUGUAAAAAUAAACAUAAAUAUAGAAAUAUAGAAUAAACCCAAUGGUUCAUCCCGAGCGGGAAUCGAACCUCGCACCUCUCGAUUUCCGGUCAAGUGGUCAGACCACUAAGCUAUCGGGCUUUGCCAUUGCAACUGGCAGAAUGCCAAUAUAAGUGAACCACGCUUUUUGAACUUUUCUGUUCUAGAGUUUUCAACUUUUAGUGUUUUCACUAAUUUGGCAAGGCCACUAGAAGCCAAAUUAAAUUAAAAUAAAAAAAAAACAGUUAUCUUUAUUCCUAAGUUUGAGUCAACUUAAAGACAGACAAAGCAACUUAAUGAAAGAAAUGUUUAAAGUUCAUCAAGAUUUUUGCUACUUAGUGGACUGAGAACUUGACCGGCAAUUGAGUGGUGCAAGGUUCGAUUCCCACUUAAGACGAACCAUUGAGUGAUUUUCUUUUUUUUCAAUAUCUUUUAAUGGAAUAAACAUUAAACAUCUUAAAACUAUAAUAAUAUUAAAAAAAGGUAAAUUUUGAUCUAAUAAAAUAUCAUUUCAUACCAGGAGCGUAGCCAGGAAUUUGAAGAGGGGCAAAAAAGGAAUUUAUAGAAUUUUUCUAAAAAGAUCUUAGCAAAAUUGUCAUCAACCCACCCCAAUCCCCCCACUGGCUACGCGCCUGUUAUAUGCAGAAUACUUGCUGACGACCCAAGUGUUUUUAUACAUGGAGUAUUUAGUACUUUAGAUCUGAUCAAUCUGAAUGUCGCUUAUUUAGGAAAGGCUUUCCUCGGCUCUUGUCUAUGCCACUGAUUCGAUUUUAAUUCCAUGAAUAUUCAUAGGUUCAUCCCAGUAGUAAACUUAAAGGAUCCAUCAAAAAUAAACAAUUUUAAGAUCCAGGAAGAUAAAAUAAGAUCUGGUUUUAUAUCCACAAGCCUCUUCUGCUAGCUGUAAAAUCUUAAAACUUAAUCCAUAAUGUGGAAGUGCUGAUAAUUCUUUAGAAUACAAAAAUACAGUAAAUUUAUCAUAUUCACAAUUUAUCCACCAACUUCAACCUUUGCCGACCCUCAUCCAAUCCUUGAUUUCCUUAAUGCAGCUAACACCAUAGCUUUGUCAUUUUCAAUUGCUGUACAUUUCUCAUUAUCCAGAAUUAUUUCAUUGCGUCGAUCACCAAACCUUGCCAUUACCCUCGGUCUGUAGUCAACCUCAAUUGCUAAUGGAUUUCCGUUCAAUCCUAAAACUUCAAGAAUUGGAAGUGCUGCAAUUUCAUCAAUUUCAUCGAUAUCUUUUAUCAUAUUGCAGGAUAAGUCGAGAGAUUUAAUAGAUCUGAGUUUGCUAAGGCCUUUUAGUGACGAUAUAUUGUUGCCGACUAGAUUUAAAGUCUGGAUGUUCCCAAGUUCCAUGCACCAAUUGCUAAGAUCUUCAAUUAAAUUAUUAUUCAGACUUAAAAAGCUCAAUUUUGGCAAAUGACGAAGGUUUGAAAUUCCACGAAUUCUAUUUCCAUCCAGCAUCAAUGUUUCAACAUUUGGAAUCAACUUUAAGGCAGGAUCAAGCUGCCAAAUGUCAUUGUAGCUGAAAUUAACAAUCUUUAUUGACUUCCACUGCUCAUCCGUUACGGAAUUGUUAUGAAUCGACUCUGGAUUUAAAAUAUUUUGGAUGUUCUGCGCUCGAGUAAAAGUCACAGUAAAAUUUUCAGAAUUCUCACGAAUCCUGGCGUUGGAAUCAACAUUCAUUGGCACAAUUCCAUAAAAUUCUAAAGUUUUAACAUUUGUAAAUGGAGAAAGCUCAAAAUUUAAGGUUGAUGCGAGGAUAUUGGAAGUUCCAAUGGGGUUAACGAGUUCCUGAAGAACAUCCUCUUUUGUAUCACAUUUGGUUCUGGUCGGUGUCACUUUUAAUGAUCGAAGGUUUGAACAAAAGUCAAGGAUGUGUGAGAAGUCGAAUUUGCUGCUUUGAAGCUCUUGUUGUGGACAUGGAAGUCUAAGGCGGGUGGUGAUCGAGUGGAGCU